CAACUUUUUAUCAUCACUUUUAUUAACCUAUCAACAGCAUAUAUCGGUGAUGCUCCGUGAUAACAAAAUUGAAAAAACACACACUACUAACGACUAUGGUUUAUGGACCACCACAACAACCUCGUGUCAAACGGUGUCGUUCGGAUUUAAUCACAUCAUAUAAAAGCCACCUCACUAACUUAACAAGAAGUCAACCUCGUGUCAAACUCUCUCUCUCUCUCUCUCUCUUACAUGGCUCUUCUCUCAAACCGCGUUGGAUCUUCCUCCUCAUCGAUCUUCACCUUCGCAAUAACACUCCUCUUUAUCUUCGCCGGAAACUCACUCGCCGGAGAACUACGGCCUUCAGAUCAUGGCCUACAGUAUCAAUCCAGCUCACCACCGACAGAAUCCAACUCACCACCGGACAAAAUGAACUCCUUCUUCGGGGAUUCACAUUCUUCUUCUUCUUCUCCUCCUCCUUCUCACUCUCAGCUCCUCCCUAAAGCUACGGCGGCGGACGGCGGAGACGAUGAUUCUUGGUGGAGAGACGGAGCUGGGAACAGACGUGAUCACGUGAUGAGGCAUGUGUUUCUUGCGGCGAGUAUCAUCUGUGGUGUCUCCGGCGUUGCGCUUCUUGUGGUUUUCACUUUGGUUUACUUCUUUAGGUAUCGGAAACAUAAUAAUAGUUCGGACUUGCCUAGUUACGAUUCUACAAAGUAACCAAAAUUCAAUUUUGUUUAUUAUUCUUCUUAGAUUUAAAUUUUUUUAAUAUGUGAUCUAUUUAUUUUGUGUAAAUUGAUUAUUUCUUGAUUAAUAUAUAUAUUAUAUAUGUGUAGCACUUUGCUUUAUUUCUACGACUUUUUAGUUGGGCUAGAGCACUGUUACACCCACAUAUUAUUAUUCUCUA